AUGAUUUUCGGACUGCAGACCACAAUCGAUCGGUUGAAGGACACGGUGAAGCACUUGGCGCGCUGGCUGCCAAAUACCGGCGCGCGCCUCUAUGCGAUUGUGAUUGAGACGGAAGAGAUUCCAGCAGAAGAUGGCGAGAUGAAGAGACUCGAGAAGGAUUUCGAAGCGCUUGGCAUGAAUGUUACGAUUCUGCAACCGGUGCGACCCAUCGAUACGUUCCCGCAGCGGUAUUUCUCCCUCGUGCCCAUCAUGUACGCUGCGCGCGACGAGAAGACUCAAUGGGUGACGCUGAUUGACGAUGAUACUUUCUUCCCGAGCUUGCACGAUCUCCAGACCGAACUCGUGAAGUACGAUGCGACGAAACCGCAGUAUAUAGGGUCGUUGAGCGAAGAUUGGUGGGCUGUCAACCAUUAUAAACUGAUGGGUUUUGGAGGCGCUGGAAUAAUUCUCUCGGUCCCAAUGGCCAAGAUAAUCGACGACCACCUGGACAAUUGCAAGGAGAACUUGAGAACUUCGGCUGGUGAUAUCACCGUGAUGGAUUGCAUAUACAGACACACCAGCACGAAAUUGACCCACGUUCCCGGACUCCAUCAAGUGGACAUGCACGGUGAUCUGGCCGGGUUCUACGAAUCGGGAAGAGAAAUGCUUUCCCUGCACCACUGGAAAGAAGGUUCAGCCGCAGGCUACAAGCUCGAAAUGGAGAAAAUGCAUCUGGUAGCCGAUAUCUGCGACUCCUGCUUUCUCCAACGCUGGCAAUUUCCCAAAGAGACCCUCCUCACAAACGGCUUCUCCAUCAGCGUAUACCCGCAAGGCCUCAUCUCAGGCCAGAAACCCGGAUUACUCGGCACGGGCGUCGGGGGCCCAAAAAUCGAAAAGCUGAAUCUGGAGCAGAUGGAAGAAACGUGGGGAGGCGACAUUGAGGUUAUACAUAGUCUGGCGCCUACGCGACCGAAGCUAGAUGAGGAGGCGAAGGUAGGGUAUAAGUUACUAGACAGCAUGUUGGUACAUAAUGGCGCCGAGCCGGGGGCGGUUAGGCAGAUAUAUUUUAAGGAGGGAGGCGAGAAGGAGGGUGGUGGGAAGGAGAUGGAUACUGUUAUGGUGCUUAAUUGGCGGAAGGGGGAGUGA